AUGAUGCUCACAGAGCGCAAGCGGGAGAGUGGGCAUUCAAAAAAACCGCUCACGACAGAAAGGAAUCGAGAAAAGAUUAAGGACGAGAAACCGCACACAACAGAGAAAAGAAGAAUUCGACGAGCAGACACGGCUGCGUCCGAAACAAGUUUAGCAAACAAUCGGCAAAAGUCCAAUGACCCUAGUGCGUUGCACCUCGACCACCCGCUAUCUUGCCCGGCAGUGAGUGAUGCACAAGAGUUCUUCUUUGCACAACUGCCGAAUUACCGAAAAUUUCUCGUGCAUCUGGGCAGCACAAAAGGCUGGCGAACCGUGAGUAAGUUGCACGUCCGGACGAACUAUCUCGCGACGAAGGCUUGGCAGACAACAUCAAAGGCGAAGCAAGAAGAAGAACGAGAAGAUCGAAGUCGAGCAAGACCAAGAUGUACUUUCCAGGUCUUAGCCCACACUAAACUCAAUAAAUGCCAAGCAUGGGGUCGGCGAGGGGGUCCGUCUGUCAGUUCCUGGGUACGGUGGGAGCGACAAUUUAACGCACAGGAAAUAUGCGAAGCAGUUAGACCUACCGUUUCACAAGAAUAUGAUGGCUCUGAUGAACUCCAAGCCGUGGCGGGCACACCAACGGCGCAGACUCGGCAAGAGCGCUUUCAUGUUUCACUGCAGGCGCCUGCACAGGAUGUAACUUUCGACACCUACGGCCGGUGCCAGCAGGUUGUGUGUGAAAAGGCGUCGCUACUGGGUGCUGCCGCUGGUGCUUCCUUGAAUAGAUUGCAAUCUUCGUCCCUUGGAGCUCAGGUCCCAGGUAAGCCGCGAACUUCUUGCACCACUUCUAGCAAAACCGUAACGGUAACCGCCACGGAUUCAGCUGCAUUAACAUUAUCCAGCUCUCUGGCAGUUUCCAAACCGGGCUCCGCCGGCACAGCUCCGGCGGUCGAAGUCACCACCGGAGGAGCAGGUGCACAAAGAAUAAGAAAACCAGUCUGCCACUGCGAAAUCGGAAUGCUGGAGCCGACUGCGGCGGGGACAGCACCAGCUGGAGCAAAGAAGGCAAAAAGCCACAGUAAGCACGCAAGGUGCCCCAGUUCGUCCUCGACCGUGGACACGACCAAGAAGACCCAUCUUCCUUCACAAUCGAUGACGCUCGUAGAUUUAAGCCGGAAAAAACACAAGUCUGAGGCACACCACCCAGUUUUGGACCGCGCAAUCCAGUUCCUCCGCAAAUGUAUCGAACAGUGCGGGGUUCCAGACUUUCGUUCCGCUGUAGAGCGUGGGGAAGUGGAGUUUGAAGAAAAAGAAGAGGUAUCACCGCCGCCCAGGAAAAAGAGAAAAGUUGCAGCUUCAGCAAGUACAGAACCAGCUGAACUAGGCAAAGCUACUACAACAAAAGGGGUGUCAUCAACGGCUUCUAGGGACACCACCUCGAAUAAAGCCUCACACCCUGUUGUUCUCCACGACCCUCAAUUCCGAAAAACAAAAUCCGAUACGCUUCGCUACGUCUUUUUCGGCGUGGAAAGGGCGACGAAUCGGGCGCAAAUCACGCUCGUUUGGAACAGCGACGAGUUCGAAAAAUGCGAAAAUCUAGGCACGCUUGUGCACGAGAUUAUGACGCAGAUGGCAGCUAAUGGCACUGACUCAACAUCUUCCAGCAACAACGUAUCACCCUCACCCUGUUUCCUCCACUCGCUCUGGGUGCACAGUAACCGACUUUCGAUCCAUGGGAACUGCUUUUUCGAGGACACCGGCAGGUGGCUUAACGUGUUCGGACCGAACGAUGGUUGUGUGCUGGAGCGGAUGGUGAAAGGCAAUGGUAGUGCGGAUCAUCAUGGAACAACGCCGUAUCUUUUCCUCCCUCCGAACGUGUUUCGACAGGCGAAUCUGAAAGAAUUUGGGCAGAUCUGUCUGAAGGUGCGAGAGUGCGUCGUCGGCUUUGCGGCGGCGAAGGCGAGUGCGGCGGCGAAGGCGGGCAAGAGUGGGAGUGGUGCUGAGCAUUCCUUGAAAGACAAGAAGGAGGCACACAACACUGACGAAGCUGCUGAAGCCAACAAGAACACCAUCAGCGUCCUGGAGCUGUACGGCGGGGUUGGGACUAUCGGCCUGCAGCUGUUGAAUUGUACAACGCAGGCCCCCGCCUCCACACCAAGCGACAAAAACAAUGGGCCAGCACAGACUUCGGCGAAGGACCCGAAAGCUCCUCAAAGGACAGAGGCUUUGAUUUCCCGCUACGAAUGCUCGGACGCGAACCCAUUCAACAAGGCCUGUUUUGAGAAGAGUCUGGCACUGAUGGAGCAGUGCUCGAGCUCGACUGCGGGUGGUGCAGCUGCCGUGCCACCGCACAACAAGGCUAGUAGCGCUGGUAGCCGCCCGUCGUCUAUCUUUCAGCAAACCGAGAUUACCUACACGCCGAAGCCCGCAAAGGAGAUGGUGGACCGGAUUCCGCAUUAUGACGUCCUGAUCGUGGACCCACCAAGGAAAGGACUGGACGCAGAAGUGAUCGAGGCACUGACGAAACAGGACAUGAAAACUGAUCUUCAUCAUGAUCAUGCUUCUGUAAAUAAACCGUCCGCAUCGAAAAAGAAGAAGACAGGAGCGAUUCCCACCGCUAGCGGGAAGAAAAGCGGCUUAUCGUCCCCGCCGCAGCGUGUCAUCUACAUCAGUUGCGGAUUCCCCGCGUUCAAGCGAGAUUGCGAAAAGUUGGUUUCCAGCGGGAUGUGGAAGUUGACCAGAGCCGAGGGCUUUGUGCUCUUCCCCGGAGCGGACCACAUUGAGACUUUUGCCGUGUUUGAUCGCGUUAUUUGACGAGAAUGACGCGGGUUUUGAUGCUGAAGAUUCGCCACUGGCAUCAGCAUUAUUUUGGUGUAGUGCAAACUCGGCGAAUAACAUCAUGCUAUCAACAAGGCGACUGAAUGAGGAUAUUUUCUGCUACCGUAUCCGUAUCAGACAAAGUGCACUUUGCACGACAUUGAUGCAAGAAAUUUUCAGAUAAUUGGACGAUCAGCUAUAGGCACCGCCCGGCUUGUGGUGAGCAUGUGGAAGUUCCUGUUUUGAACUGCCUGGGGGUUUACCUUGUUUGUA